AUGCACAAGAUAGGGCUUGUCGGUGAGGGGCGUGAUAAGGGGUACUGGGCACCGAAUUCGGGCAAAGAACGUUGGAAUGGCCCCAUAAUAUUCCUGGUGGAUUUCCACAUGGUAAAGGAAGAACUGGUCCAGAUAAUGUCUAGAAAUCGUAUCGGGCGUCCCACCGAGCGAGGACCUAAUUAG